AUGUAUAAAACUAUGAAGUUUCCAUGUAUAAAGAUAAUUAACAGUAUAAAAAAAGCAUUAUCUCGUCAUUAUCAUCAUACUGCAAAUCAACUCGAAAGAAGUAUGACUAACAUGCGUAGUUAUCAGGAAGCACUUCAGGCUUUAAAUGAGCUUCAAACUAAUGCAGACUAUAUUAAAAAUGUGGCAAAUCAGCCAAGGAAUGCAUCUAAUAUUCCAGAAGUUAUUAAAUUUUUAGGCAGGACUGGUUUGUCUGUAACUGAUCUAGAUAGAUUGUCUGUCAUCCAUGUGACUGGGACUAAUGGGAAAGGUAGUACAUGUGCCUAUACUGAAAAGAUAUUGAGAAGUCAUGGCUGUACAACUGGAUUUUUUUCAUCACCACAUCUUCUUGAUGUACGAGAACGAAUUAGAAUAAAUGGAAAACCAAUAUCCAAAACAGUAUUUAAAAAUUAUUUUUGGAAACUUUAUAAUUUGCUCAACAAGCAAAAGGAUUCUCCCGCAGAUAUGCCAUUAUAUUUUCGAUUCAUGACGAUAUUAGCUUUUCAUAUAUUUUUGGAUCAUAAAGUGGAUGUUGCUAUUUUAGAGGUGGGAAUUGGUGGAGAAUAUGAUUGUACAAAUGUUGUAAGAAAAACUUCAGUGGUGGGGAUAACUCCUUUAGAUUACGAUCAUAUGGCCUUAUUAGGUAAUACUUUAGAAUCAAUCGCUUGGAAUAAAGCAGGAAUUAUGAAGGCAGGAUGUUCAGCAUUUACAGUAAAGCAACCUUCGAACGCAUUAAAAGUUUUUGAAGAACGAAGUGUAGAGAAAAAUUGUUCUCUAACUGUCGUGGAGAGUGAUUACUAUAGUGGAACUAAUUCGAACAUACCAUUGCACGUUCGACAAACUAAUGCGAGUUUAGCUUUGGCCUUGUCAGAAGCUUUUAUAAACAAAGAUACCAAUAACAAUUUUAAGAAAUUCGAUUUGGAUUUAGCGAAAAGAUCAAUUGAGGAAACAUAUUGGCCUGGGCGGUAUGAAAUAAGAAACUUCCAAAAAAAUACGUUUUAUCUGGAUGGUGCACAUACACUUGACAGUUGUUGUGUGUGCAGAGAUUGGUUUAUUGCACACGUUAAGAACAGCAAAAGAAAACGGUGCCUGAUAUUUAACGUUACCAGAGCCAGAGCUUCAGAAGUUUUUUUUAAGGAACUAACGAAAUGUAAUUUUGACGUGGUUAUUUUCAUUCCGAAUGUAGGUAGCAGUAAUGAUAAACCAGAUACAGCUGAUUUCGUAUGUCCCGCAGAGAAGCAGCUGCUGCAGUGUGAAGCAAACAAAGAACAAUGGCUGAAUAUGGAGGAAACAUCAAACAAAAAGGUAGAAAAAGCUGCAGUCUUUCCUUCGUUUGCCCAGGCAGUGGAAUUUUUAAACGCAUCUGGUACAUAUGAUUGUCUUGUUACGGGUUCUAUACAUUUAAUAGGAGCUGCCAUGUCCGUACUGGAUCCUACACUUAGCGGAGCAUUAGAGGAUGAUUAG